UGUAAAACUUGAUGACUAGUCAAGACCGCGUGAGAGAAGGACUGAUAAUUGCUUAAUACAUCACGUAUAUACAUAUCGGUAUGCCGCAUAUGUAUAGAUAUCAAUACGUAGUUGUCAACUGUAAUACUGUUUCUAGCCAUUCGUAUUCCUUAGUCCGUGGCAGAGAACCGCCAAGUGCCUCUUCAAAGUCAAACUACUCAAACAGCAGGUUUCGGAUAUUAUAUUGCGAAGUAAUAAUAUGGAUGUGCAAAAAAAGGGGUGGUUCAGCGAAGUUCACGACCUUUGGCCAGGAAUCGCAUUGUCCUUAGAAAUAAACAAUGUCCUGUACAAACGAAGAUCCAAAUACCAAGACAUCUUGGUAGUUGACACAAAGGCUCAUGGCAAGAUGUUGGUUCUGGACGGAGUCAUCCAGUGCACGGAAAGAGACGAAUUUUCGUACCAGGAAGGCAUCGCGUUUCUGCCACUUUGCUCGCACCCAAAUCCGGAGAACGUUUUGAUAAUAGGCGGAGGCGACGGCGGCGUAGCUCGCGAGGUGGCCAAGCAUCCUGGUGUCAAACGGAUAACGCAGGUCGAGAUCGACGAGCAUGUCCUGGAAGCAGCGAGGUUGCAUUUACCCUUCAUGAGCGUCGGGCUGAGCGAUCCGAAAGUCGAUCUGCAGGUCGGCGACGGGUUUCAGUACAUGAGAAACCACAGCGACGAGUUCGAUGUCAUCAUCACCGAUAGCUGCGAUCCCGUGGGACCCGCGACGUGCCUUUUCGAAGAGUCGUACUUCCAACUAAUGAGGACGGCUCUGAGACCCGGAGGAAUAGUUUGCAGCCAGUCGGGAACGGCUUGGGCUAACCUGGAUCACGUGACUCAAACGUUGAAUCGAUGUCGAUCCGUGUUUCCGGUCGCAUCUUACUGCAUCGUCAGUGUCCCAACUUAUCCUACAGGACAAAUUGGAUUCGUCCUGGGCAGCCUAAAUCCAAGCACGGAUUUCAGGGAACCGGUACGAGAAUUCAGCGAAAAAGAACUGGACGAUAUGAAAAUACGAUAUUACAGCGGCGAUGUUCACCGUGCGGCUUUUGUACUGCCGAGAUUCGUCGCCAAAGAACUAUUAAUCGAUAACAAAAAUGUUUCCUAAAAUGAAAUACUGUUGCGUUAUCGAAUGCUAUUUUUUAUGAAAAUUUUUGGUCUACGUGUAAAACGCAACUGUCCCGAAUUGUAUUUAAUUUAUGAAUGUGAAAUAUAUUCGUUGUCAGUAGUUUUCGUAGUUACUUUAUUUUUCUUCUUUGAACUCAUUAGAUGAUCAUUAGUGUAAAUUAUAUAUUUAAUGUUAGAGUGUCUUAAUAUUGUUUAGCUUAAUGUAUAAAUAAAUACAAUAUUCUUAAUGGCGAUUAAUUGUGAUAACAUUCCUGGACGAUAAUAUAACGCAUUUGUAUAUAUUUGUAAUAAAUCUUGUGCGGUUGUAUCGAAGAAAAAGAAAGUAAAAUAACAACUAUCAAAUUACAGCCUAGAUUCUG